AUGGCUGCAGAGGCCGCAGAGGUUUUGAUCGCUCGUGGACCUGUGCCCGCUGAAGCAGAGCUUGGGACGUGGAUCCCUGCGAAUUGGAGGACUUCAGCCUCUGCAGGCGUUUUGGGCUUGGCAUUAGCUGGCCCAGCUGGAGGUUUCCUGGGAGUGGUGAAUACUGUCAUUACUGGCCCUGAAGCAAUGCAGCCAGAGUCUGCACUGGGGCAAGCCACGCAUUACACAGUUGCCACUGGCCUUGUUGUUGCCUGUGUGGCUGGCGGUCACAUCCUACUGGCAACUGCUGGCAUUGCUGGCUUGAGCUUCAAUGCUGCGCAAUAUAUGAUGGAGCCAGGAGCAGACUGCAAUCAUGACAGCCAAGUGAAUGAAGGUGAAGCGAGAGAAGAGGAGCAAGACACAGAGUCCUUGGCGUCCGUGGAUGACGAGCUUGCAGAUGAGAUUCAGGAUGUGUCGGAUGUGCCUCCCCCGCAGAGCUGGCUUUCGAGCUUGCCGUGCUUUGCAGGAUGUGCCGGAUGGAUGUUCUCUUCCGCAGCGCCAGUGUCUGAAGAACCAGAUUUGGACGUGGGAGAGCAAAGGAAACAUUUGCUCCGACGCAGCCACCGCAAUUUGAGGGAGUUGGAGGGAAGUGACGCAUCUUUUCUCCUCUUCGAGACUACGAAUCUUCCAAAGCCAAAGAUUCAAAGACGCUGCGAUGCUGCAAUGCUUCGUCCUGUCACACCUCUGGCAUUGAACAACGGAGGUAAAGAAGCAAUUGUAAACGAAUACUUCACCGGGCACGUGCUGAUGAUGCAUCGCCCGAUGGAGACACAGACACAGCAGACGCCAGCUCGGUAUUCUGAGUACUUUGCGAAGAAGACCCGUCGGUGGGAACUGCGACUGCAAGGUAGAUUUCACAAGCGUCCAAACGGCAAGCUCUACAUGGGCGUGGUCUUGAGGGAUUUUGACUACAGCGUGCCUCUGAGCUUUUUCACAUCCUGGCUAAGCACUCUCAGCAUCACACCACUGGAGUAUGUUGUUGGAAGCAAAGUCACCCUCAACUUCGGAGAUAGGGAGCAGGCCGCCAUGAAAGAUGAAGCGAUGUUUGCACAGGUGGUUGCAGGCUUACAGGCCUUCGACCAGAUCAUAGUUACGCCGCCUGGUGCAAAAUGUGUACCGCCCAUUGACGGCGACCUUGACGGCAUGGGCAUCACAAGGAAAGGUGCUCAAAGUUCCGCUGUCUGGUCGUCCAUGAUAGAGGAGAUUGAAGAAGGCAUCCAGCCUGGCAAUGUGUAUACCCUUUGCUUCUGGAGUGCUUCUCGGUUCUUAGAUCUCAUGGGAGGAGCACUUACCGAUCUGAUACCUCUGCUGCCAGCUAUUUCGCUGUCCACCUUUUUGGAUAAAUGGCCUCCCCAUUUCGUGUUCUAUGUGUUGGAGAAGGACAGAGCAACUGAGCCUGGUGAGCCGGGCGAGCUGUUGCAUUUGGAACGGAACAAGACCUACGUUCUCGAUUUGAUGAUGCUGGCCAAAAGCAAUUCGAACUUGUCUACCACCUUGGAAAGACCAAAGGAUGUUCACAGUCCAACACUCAGAAUGUUGAUCAAAGGAACCUGUGACUUGAGCGCACAAAAUGGGCAUUUGAUGAAUACUGAGAAUCAUCCUUUUGUCUCCAAGGAUCAACUUUGUCAAGACCAGAACCACUUGCAGCACAGAACUCAGAAUGAAGACGUCGUUGUUGUCAACCACCCUGCCAUAAGUGCUUUGUUGAUUGCUCCCAAAGAUCGCAUGCUGCGAUAUGAGGAAGUGGCAGAGGCUCCAUUCAGCCACAAGGUCCGUGGGUCACCAAGCGAGUUGUCCACUGCAACCACAGUAUGGCAACGGGAGGAUCCAGUGGUCACGAUGGCCAGGCUGAAAGGACAGAAGCAAUCAGCAACCAAGAAGUUGGUGUCAGAGCUGGAGCUUCCUGUGAAGGUCCCUUGGACCCUCGCUUCGACCCAGGAGUUGGAACAGAGCUUGUCCACAGUCACCAGUCAAGCAAGACGCUUGUGGAGGAGAGUAGAAGAUUCUGAACAGUUGGUGAACGAAUUGCAGGCACCUGACCCGGCAGUGAAAGCUGCUCAGGCCUUCUUGGAAAAGAACCAGCACCGAAGUGGCCUGGUGUUUGGCUCAGCUUCCGCUGCUGUGCUGGUGCUGGUGCUGCUGCGAGCGAAGAUUGCCCGAUUGGAGCAGGCAGCCUUCUACCGCAACAGCUGUCGGCAAGUGGAAGCAGAGGCAGCAGGCCGUACCUGGGCAGAGUCCCGAAAUUUGGGCGAGGCUAGGAGGGCGGAGAUGAUAUCCUUGAAGGCGCGGGACGCAACUGAAGGAAACAAGAGAAAACACACGCACACACUUUAUGAUAUACAUAUUCAAAUUGUAGAGCUUCGCACACCGGCGAUGCCAUAA